CCUGCCUGACAUCUGGCCGGUGGGCUGUGCGCCUGGACUUCCUGGGACACUGGCUGGGAUUUGAGGAGGGAACUUAGCACCUACCUGGCUGCAGGAUGAAGCUGGCCACCGGCUUCUUGAUACUGUGGCUUAGCCUGGGGGGUGGCCUGGCUCAGAGCGACACCAGCCCUGAUGCAGAGGAGUCCUAUUCAGACUGGGGCCUUCGGCGCCUCCGGGGCAGCUUUGAAUCUGUCAACAGCUACUUCGAUUCCUUCCUGGAGCUGCUGGGAGGGAAGAAUGGAGUCUGUCAGUACAGGUGCCGAUACGGAAAAGCACCAAUGGCCAGACCCGGCUACAAGCCUCAGGAGCCCAACGGCUGCAGCUCCUAUUUCCUGGGCCUGAAGGUACCAGAAAGUGUAUGUACUGCCAGCUUCACCACUUUGGUUGAUUGGUUUUAA